UACUAUGUGUGUGAAAUGUUCCUCUGUCCGUUAUUCCUUCCUUCUUGCAGAGUUUUAUAUGAAGGGAAGGAGCGCUUGAUCCCAGGCUGUGAAGUGAUCCAGGCUACUCCCUACGGCCGUUGCGCGAAUGUCAACAACAGUUCGGCAAGUUCCCAGCGAAUCUUCAUCACCUUUCGGAGGGCUCCCCCCGUGCGACCCCAAAACUCCUUGGCCGUUACUGACAUCUGCGUCAUUGUAACCAGCAAAGGAGAAACCCCGCCUCAUACAUUCUGCAAAGUCGAUAAGAAUUUGAAUUGUGGCAUGUGGGGUUCCAGUGUAUACCUGUGUUACAAGAAGUCCGUUCCAGCUUCGAACUCCAUUGCAUACAAAGCUGGCUUGAUAUUCAGAUACCCAGAAGAUGACUAUGAGUCAUUCCCCUUAUCAGAAUCUGUACCUCUCUUCUGUCUUCCAAUGGGGGCCACCAUUGAAUGCUGGGACCCUCAAACCAAAUACCCGCUGCCUGUAUUCUCAACAUUUGUUCUGACUGCCUCAAGUGCAGAAAAG